ACUGUCACAUAGCAUCAUCUAUUAUAAAAGUUCAAAGGGCCAAGAUGAUUUCACUGUGGCUGCAUACAUUUGUAAAAUCUAGUGUCCACAAAGAGUGCUCAAGUUAUGCUUUGACUCAACAUUGUUUUGUAUGAUAUGCACGGAUAUAUAAAACCCUAUAGGCUAUUUGCAGUUAUUACAAUUUGUUAAAAGUCUACCAAUGGCCUUUGGGGUAAAAUUUCAAGUUUUAGGAAUGACCUGACAGCGUGAGUGAAGUAAGUUUAUCCUCCCAUGAGACAUGUUUGUCCUAUAGCUGGACGCGGAAGGGUGGAGACUUUAGGAAAGAGCGUAGGAGAGCGCAACCUUGGAUGAAAGAUUGGUUCUUGGCUGAAUAUUUUUGAUUGCAUUGUGAUCACUGGAGGAGAAACAAGAAGCAUGCUGUUUUGGCUCUUUGGCUCCGAGCAGGAAAUCAACUCAUGGGAUGUAGCGGAUGCAGAGGCAGGUUCAACUUUGGCAAGGUGCUGUCCAAAGCGUCCUUGUUCUUUACCAUGCUCCUAAUCUGCUCCUAUUUCUUCUAUUGCCUCAGUGGACUGUGUGAUUCUGCCCCCAGGACUUUGUACCGACAGGACAACUUCAUGGACUAUGAUUUUGCAGAUGAAUUAUCGCCUCGUGUCUUCCCUGAAGCGCACAACAGCACCAGCGCUCAGCAGGUGGACGCAGUCGGACACUCGCAGCCAAGCAACAGCAUCCCGGUGUCCAACACGUUUGGGAUUAAGCGGUUCCCACAGGCGAUCAUCAUCGGCGUGAAGAAAGGUGGCACCCGGGCACUACUGGAGUUUCUGCGCAUUCACCCGGACGUGAGAGCCGUGGGCGCAGAGCCGCACUUCUUUGACAGAUUUUACGACAAAGGACUAGAUUGGUACAGGAACUUGAUGCCUAGGACACUGGAUGGGCAGAUCACCAUGGAGAAGACCCCUAGCUACUUUGUCACUAAAGAAGCGCCAGCUCGCAUCUGCUCCAUGAACUGUCAGACCAAGCUCAUUGUGGUGGUGCGGGACCCUGUCACCAGAGCCAUAUCAGACUACACCCAAACUUUGACCAAGAACCCGGGACUCCCCUCAUUCCAGAGCCUGGCCUUUAAGAACAACUCCAGCUCAGAGAUUGACACCACAUGGAGCGCAGUGCGGAUCGGCCUGUAUGCCAAACACAUGGACCACUGGCUCCAGCACUUUCCCCGUGAUCUCUUUCUCUUUGUGAGCGGAGAGAGGCUAGUGUCUGACCCGGCUGGGGAGAUGGGGCGGGUGCAGGACUUUCUAGGUCUCAAGAGAGUUGUGUCGGACAAACAUUUUUAUUUCAAUGAGACCAAGGGCUUCCCAUGUCUCAAGAAGCCUGAGGGGAGCAGUAGGCCUCGCUGUCUGGGCAAGUCAAAAGGCAGACCCCAUCCUGACAUCCCUACUGAGGUGCUACAAAGACUUAGAGACUUCUACAGACCGUACAACCAACUGUUCUACGAAAUGAGCAAACAGAACUUUGGAUGGGACUGAUGGUGAUCAACAUAUUUACAUUCAGGGUUCAUUCAUAAGUGACCAGUGUUCUCAGGGACAUAGAGAGCGGAACUGAACACAGCACAAAUUAGCUGGAAAUUGACAUUGUCCAGCAAAGGCAAAUCUUACAAGAUCAGCAGUUUUGGAGAUUGUUUGACAAAGCCAUCUGGCCUCAUAGCAUGACCAAAUCCUGACCAUUUUUCCUCAUACACUCUGAGGAGAUAUACAUUGAACAAGACCAUAUGUAUAUUAUGAUCUACCACAAUACCCAUAUGUCUUAAGCUGUAAAAUGAUUUUGUAUUUUUGUGUAUUUAUUACAAAGUGACCAUCGACAAGACAAUGACGCAACUGCAAACCACUAUUUUUGCUGUUAACAGUAUUACUCAAACCACCCUAUAUUUUUUGACUGAAAUGGCCUUUACUUUACACCAUUGUUACCUCAAGUGUACAUUGUUAAAUCAUAGAGCGUUUUGUAUAUACUGGUGCAUUCUUUAUGACCUGUGAUUAUAAUUUGGAGCCAUUCAUAUGCAAAUGAAUGUUGCACAAUAUAUUUUUGAUUAUGUGUGUAUAGUAUUGUUAUGAUAAAACAUACUGUGGAUAAAGUUUUCUUAUCAAAAAUG